AUGGAGGGCAAUGCCCACCACGGCUUCCUUCAACAGGAGGAUGUCAAUUACGAUGAUCUCAUGAACAACGCGGCGUGGCCUGUUUCCGCUGGAGAUCAAUUCUCCUUCCCGCAAUCUCACCCAGUACAAGACCCCUAUCAGCGGUACACGACAAGCCAACCUUCGUUCAACCAGUACCAACAACCAGCGUAUGCGGUACCUUUCUCAAACCCGCCGUAUACUUCGCAGUAUCAACAUGCGACACCGUCUGAUGUUUUUGGGCCUGCCUCAUACAAUGUCGAUCCUUCUUCCAUGCCAGGCGCCGCUCUCUAUCACGGGCCCGAAAGCUCCUUCUCGUUCCCGCCAGAGAGCGCAACUAUAUCCCCCCACUCCCUCCAAUACAAUAUGCCCUCCAACCAACCAAUACAUGGUGGUGUGUCGAAUGUACCUUUUCAGCAGCCGACGAAUAGCUAUAGCCAGCGGCCUCCAGAGCAAUCCACGGUGUUCUUCCAUGACGCUCAGAAUGGUAACAUGCAGCAAGAUAACCCCAUUCGGUACCCUACUUUGCCGAAUGGUUCCAUGGAUUAUAUGUCCAAGCAAAGCGUGAAGAGACCUCGUGAAGGCGAUGCAUCCUCGACACCCUCAACGCCCUCGGCACCCUCGAAUAAUCCCCCUGCUCAACAGACCAAGGUAGAACAGACCAAGGUAGAACCGGAUCGAAAGCAGCCCAGGAUAACCAACCCGGAGCUAUUAACUGGGCCACCACGCUUUGAACAUGCGCCGUAUAUCGUAUGGUCCGAUACCCCCGUAUACGUACCGCCUGGCUUGAAAAGCACAGUCCCUAAAUACCAUCCGCGCACAGCGAGGAGUGGACAAGAUCUUAUCCCUGGUUUUGACAUAUCACGGAUAUCAACACCCGCGCGCGUAUCCUCCGCCACCAAAAAGAUCCGAGCCCCCAAAGAAAAGAAACUGUCUGUGAGCAAGUACAAGGGAACCAGUCAGGGUCCUAGACAAGCAAUUGAUAGAUCGACGAGUCUACAUGGCAAUGGUGAAAGUUUGGGUACAUCAUCAAAAUCUCCAUCCACGCCAACUGAAUCGAGCUCUUCCGAAGAGGAGUCUAGUUCAGAAGAGUCCGAAUACGAAGAUGAUGAAGAGAUGCCUGUCAAGGAUAUCAGCGAGGUUCGUGCACCAACGCGCCCGUCCGAUGUCGCUGCCGCGGCUGGCUGGGACGCAAUAGGCAUUGUAUGGAAGGAUCCCAACUCGAAUCCCAGUGCAGAUGUUGUCAAAGGUGCUAUCGAGGAGUAUGGUGCUUUUGUGGGUGCGCUCCGACUUCAACUUAAAGCAAAUUCUACCAAGACGGAAGAAGCUGCGCAGCGUCCAGCCGAAGUUGAUAAACUGAAGCAAGCUCGGAGAGUCCUUCUCGACUCGCUGUAUGAGACCAUUAAUGCGGCAAAUACAUUAGGCUAUGGUGCAAUCGUAGAGAACUUGGGAGGUCAUGAAAAGCUAGUUCACGGACUGACGACAACUUUGAUCGAGUGCAUCAAAACUGAAGAUUUUCUUGGUAAAUUGCCAAAGGCUAUCUUUAGCUUGCUUGCCAAGUUUCAAACAAUGACUGAAGCUUUGUUGAAGAAGCUUCGAUUUGACAGUAUUCAGAAGCGCUGGAAUAAGAAGGGCGAUGAGCAGAUCAAAAAGGAUAUCGCCUCAAUUCUUGCCAAUACAACUGACGCCAAGGAUAGAGCGGCGAAGGCUAAAAAGGAAGCCGUGCGAGCAGAAGAGGAUAAGAAGGUUCUGGACAAGAUAGAUCAGGCCAAAGCUCGAAGCUCUGAAACCGUAAAAACUGCAUCCAAUGUCACAUCCACAAAGAGACCACAUGAAGGAGACUCCAACGCUAGCAAGCCCAACAAGAAGUUCGCAUCAGAUGUUUCUGGUACGCCCGCUUCCACAUCCAAGUCGGUGCCACCGAAACGACCAACCAACCUUCUGGCGAACAACUUGCUUGGCAUCACGUCGAAGCCUGCUCCAAAACCUGCUCCCAAGAAGCGCGAGCCAUCCCCUCCAGGCGAAUCGAAAUUAGGGGCAAUUUUGGCAAGUAUCGCAAAGCCACCAGAACCACCUAAAGCUCCAGAAGCACCACCUCGACCACCGGAGACACCAGAGGAGAAGCAGCGCCGUGAGCGGAAGGAGAGCAGACGGCACUUAAGGGUUAAGUUCAAGGAAGGGCCAGAGCUGGAGGAGAUAAGAUUAUUCAAGCAUGAGCAGGCUGAGGAUGAAGGUCGCCAAGACGACAUGCUUAGGGAUGCUCAUGAUGAUCGCUCGGAGGGUAUGAUGCACAAGAAGCGUGUUUCGGAGAAGAUGGAUGCAGGCCUCGAAGAUGAUGAGAGCUUACCUGGCGAUAUCGAGGAACGCCCGUACCCUGAUCUUGUCCUGAUUGAUUUCAGCGAGUUGGACAAAGCAACGUUAUUCGGACCAACUUAUGUUACGAGGGGCGGGGAUAAAACUUUCACGACGCCCGAGCAGCAAACACAAGAGCGACGCGAAGCUUUGGAACUUAUGGUUAUCUAUACUGAUCCCAAUGACAUUCCACCCUCGGCGAAAGAACCACCGCAAGACUCCACAGCUCUGCAGCAAGAGCGUGAACUUAGAGGGCCCACUGAACCGUGGAUAGUACAGCGCCUCAAAGAAAUCCAGCAAUACGGUCCAGAUUACGCGAUCCAGAUCUUCCUGCGCCGAAACGAGGAACAGAGAUUCAAAGAGAUACGCGAAAAUCGGGCUCGCGGUAUUGCUACAUCCGCAGGACCCCCUUCGGCAAAUAUUUCUUCGAUUCUACAACAGCUUGGUGGUGAUCCUGCAACAUCUCAACUGUCGCACCAACAGAAUUUGUCUCAGAAACCUACAACUACAAUGGAUCCCAAAGCCUUGGAAAACCUUGUGCGCAUCGUGGAGUCUCUGAAGGGCAAGCCGUAUCCAGCCACCGAACCACCAGAUUGGAUGACAAGUGAGACACAGCGGGCGGAAUGGUGGGAAGGCUACAACAGGGAUAAGGCCGCCAACCAGCGGAAGGCUUCUGGUGAUCAGAUGGCUCAGGUGCAGGCUGCUCAGUUUCAACCGCAGCCCAUGCUUCCUACGCAAAUUCACCAACAGAUGUCAACACAACAAAUGCAAUCGUUCCCAAUGCAGGCGCCGCAGCCCAACAUAGCUUCGAUCCCCGAGCUUCCAAACGACGUAGCCCAGCAGGUUCAGGCCUACCUUGCAGGUUUUGCUAACAAUGGAAACAACAACGGCUCUGCCUAUCAACAAUACAAUUUCACUGGCUGGCCAUCUAGCAAUGGCCCGGGUCAAGGGGAGUGGGAGAACGAGCAGUUGCAGGCACGACCAAAGCAGACCCAAGACAAUCAUAGUUCGGAUGGCAACCAGCGGGGAUUCGAUUCGCAGCAGUGGAACGGCGGGUUUGGUAACGAUGGGCUGUUUGAUGAGAAUGGUGAAUACAAGGGAAAGAAGAAGCCGUGCAAAUUUUGGGGCCAAGGAAAAUGUGCGAAAGGUGCCAAAUGCACUUUUCUACACGACGGUGAAAAUUAA